GGGGAGGAGCUGGGAAAGGCGCCCUAGCCCAGAGCUCAGCCAGCGGCCGCCGAGAGUACAGGCAGGGCGGUCGGGGAGCAUGGGGGAGAGUGCGCUCGAGCCGGGGCCCUUGCCAGGAGCACCGGUGGGGGGCCCGGUGCACGCAGUCACAGUGGUGACCCUGCUGGAGAAGCUGGAGGUCAUGCUGGAGGCGCUGCGGGAGCGGCAGGGGGGCCUGGCUCGGCGGCAGGGCGGCCUGGCGGGCUCUGUGCGCCGCAUCCAGAGCGGCCUGGGCGCGCUGAGUCGCAGCCACGACACCACGAGCAACACACUGGCGCAGCUGCUAGCCAAGGCGGAGCGCGUGGGCUCCCAUGCCGACGCCGCCCAGGAGCGCGCCGUGCGCCGCGCCGCCCAGGUGCAGCGGCUGGAGGCCAACCACGGGCUGCUGGUGGCGCGCGGGAAGCUCCACGUUCUGCUUUUCAAGGACGAGGCUGAAAUCCCAGCCAGGGCUUUCCAGAAGGCGCCGGAACCCUUAGUACCGGGGGAGCAGCCCGAGCCCGGCCCAGAGCAGCUGGAGGCCGAGGUGGGGGAGAGCUCGGACGAGGAGCCCGUGGAGUCCAGGGCGCGGCGGCUGCGACGCACCGGGUUGCAGAAGGUACAGAGCCUGCGAAGGGCCCUUUCGAGCCGGAAAGGCCCUGCUACACCCUCGCCCACGCCUGCCAAGCCACCACGCCUUGGGCCCAGCCGCAUUACCGAAGGCCAGCCUGAAGCCCAGCCUGCGCUGGAGUCCGAGCAGGAGCCAGAACCUCUACAGGGCACAGAGCAAGAGGAAAAUCCCGGGAGACCUGAGGCUGCCGAAGCGGCUGUGCUCCAAAUAGAGAGUGCUGCCUAAUGGUUGGCGCUGCCUGCCUCCCUUGUGCCUGUGCCUAGUCCCAAAAUAAAUCUUCCUGUCAAUGCAGCAUUCACACCCAAAUAAGGAGUGAAUCCUGCAUGCACAGCCCAUCUCCCGCCUUCCCUCCCCCGGCUCAUCCAGACCAGCUUGUGUCAUCUAAAAAGGUGGCCACUCACACCUGCCUGCAAGCACUGUCAAUAAAAGUGAUGUCACUUGA